GUGUAUGCACACAUUCAGAGUUGACGUGUCGUCAGGCUAGUGGUGAUAGGCAUUACAGUAUAUAACUCGUAACUGUUGUAGGGUUUUAGUAUCAUGAGUAUAGGACACUGUAGUGUAAUAGAGGAAUUGGUAAACUACGAGUUGUAACAAAUAUUUAAUUUUGAUAAAGGUGUUAGUUUACUAGUUGAAUUUGGAGUUAUAAGAUCUCUUAAAAACAUUACUAUCUAACCAACGUUUAUUGAUUAUUAUAACUACGGUACGGUUGAUAGUUAAACUUAAUUAGUAGUUUUCCAAGCGAAAAUAAGCGUUGUAAAACUUUAAUAAUGGGUAAUACUAAACAGAUAGAUAGUUAUACUAAUAGGCCUAGAGAAAGGUGGUUUGGAACUUUGAAAACAUCAUUAGUAUUUUUUCUGGUUUUAGGAAUGUUUGAUUAUACAGAAGGUCUCCGGGAAGGAGAAUGCGAAGUCUGUGUAGAGCUUCUGAAAAGGUUGGAAAAGUCCUUGGAUCCUGAAAUGAAAGAUAAGCCAGCCCAUAUAGAAAAGAAAUUUAAAGAGAUGUGUAAAGAUACCAAAAAGUCUGAACAAAGAUUUUGCUAUUACAUUGGAGGCUUAGAAGAGUCUGCUACAUCUAUUGUUCCCGAGAUGUCCAAACCAAUGAGCUGGGGAUUGCCAGCUGAAAAGAUCUGUGAGCGUCUGAAGAAGAAGGACUCUCAAAUUUGUGAGCUUCGAUAUGAGAAAACCAUCGACUUGAAGAAUGUUGAACUUAAGAAAUUACGGGUUAGGGAUCUGAAGAAGAUUCUUUCAGAUUGGGAUGAAGUCUGUGAAGGGUGUAUAGAGAAAGCUGAGUUUAUAAAAAAGAUUGAAGAACUUAAGCCGAAGUACAUGAGAGAAGAAUUAUAGUAGUUUUAACAUUAAAAAAUUAUACUCUGUAAAGUGUAGCUUUUGAUUUUCUUUAUCCUCAUUUCAUUCAUUUUGAAAUUCAUAUUUUCACUCGUUAUAAGUUAAAGACUAAUGUAAUAGUGUACAUGUGCAUUCUACCUAUGUCAUUUUAGGUAUUGUAUUAAUUUCUUUACAUGUGUGAAAAUAUACAGUCAACUUUUCCCUUGUUUUAAUGAUACAUUGAAAAUGUAAGUGUUGAAAAAUGAUAAAGAAUUUUUGGAACUAAACUAA